GCAUCUCCUGUUUCUUCAGUCUGGCUUUUGUUCAUGUUUCUCCCAUUUCAACAGACGGCCUGUCGAUCAAGACCUAUGUGUCCGCUCACGACACCCUUCCCUCUGCCCGUUACGCCAAGCAGCAGUGCUUCGACUGCAAUCUGUGUCGGUGGAAGCUACGCCUUUAAUCUGUUUAUUCACGAAGAUCACAUGAACCCUCGGCUAAAAAAACUGAUUUUGUAAAGGGCCAACAUGUACUCCAAGGGCACCAAACGCAAGUUCUCUGACAGUGUGGACGCGGCGACGGAAAACAAGGCGGUGUUGUACAGCCGGCAGCGCCAGUUCCUGCUGGACAUGUCUCUGAUCAAGCUGCAGUUGUGCCACAUGCUGGUGGAGCCCAACAUGUGCCGCUCGGUGCUCGUUGCCAACACGGUGCGCCAUAUCCAGGAGGAGAUGACCCAUGACGGUAGCUGGCAGUUGGUCACUGAGGCUUUCGGCGGCUCUGGCCCAUCUGACCACCUGGUGGCCACCGAGGUUUUGUGUCGGUCAUCGGCGCUGGAGCAGCAGGGCGGUGGGCCCAAGCUCUACUCGGUGAUGGGCUACGAUAGUUGCCGCGAGGAAGAAGUGGUAACGGACGAGGCUCUCUGUUCUGUGACAAUUAGCGACGGGGCCCCGGCCCUCUUGGGGACCAUCGACCACUGCUGGGACAGGGCAGAAGUGAGAAUGGCGGCGGUAGAGGACCGGGUCAUCAAAGACUCCGGUUCGGAGGUGGAGGAUGGGGCGAUGUCUGGGGAGGGGGCUAAAACAGUGAUGGGGCAGGUGUUUGGGACGUUCGAGAUCAAAACUGGCGCCCCUGGGUCAGACCCGGCACUAGAGGAGCUGUUCUCAGCCGUGGAUGCCUCGUAUUAUGACUUGGACACCAUGCUCACAGGCAUUCAGAGCACCCCCAAGAUGGGGCCUUACAACCUUCUGGACAGCAUGGCCUCCUCCCACGGCCCCGCGUCCAACUCCAGCUGUAGAACCGAUCUCAGUGAACUUGACCACAUUAUGGAGAUCAUUGUCGGCUCAUAGCUUACAGACUUAAAACUCGACUGUUUGGUUGAACUUGUGCCUCUGACUUUUUGUCUUGUAUGUGUGAACAUACAGUAUCUACAUACCUUCCUCUGUAUGGAAACUGAGUGAUAUCCGUCUCCAUGCAAUGCCAUUUUUUUUUAGGUUAACAGUUUCUCAAGUUCACCAUACUUAUUUAUUAUGUUUACUUUGUAUUUCAAUAUGUCCUCUUUUUGGUUUAAAUUAUUGUACUUAUUACACUACAUGAAUUCAGAGCAGCACAACAUUUACAUUAAUAAUAUUUUUUUUAAGAAAAUAUGUAUAGUUAAACUAUAUAUUUUUUACUGUAGAGGCAGUCUGGGAAUUGUUCCCGACUGUCUUUAUUUUUUACAUUUGUAAGCAAGAACGAUUGCACAAAAGCUCAAUGUGUGAUUGGGGAGUCAUUUACCUUGUUUUCACAGGUUUAUCUUUGGUUGUGUCUUUGAGCUACAAGAGCAAAUAGGCAUUGUUGAAAACAUGAAUUAUGUUCAGUAUGCUCACAAUGUGAUCUUGGUCUAUGGUUUGGUGCUAUAUGCACUAUAUACAGUAUUCCUUAUAAACACUUGGCCUUGUUGAGCCAGACAGUUCCAUCUUGCACUGCGGCUAGCUGUCACCUAGCAUGUGGUGCCAUCUGUUUGCUAUUAAAGUUACACAUGUUCUUAUAUUGUCUCCUUACAAGUGAAUAAUUAUAAUGGGUAUAUGUCUAAUUUUCUGUUCUGACUUUAUUUAUUCAUUUCAAUCAUAUGGUGAUGUUAAACCUUGGCAAUACUAACGGUUGCAGAAGCUUUUCACCUUUCAAACAUCAAUUGGUAUUUGGUUUCUUGACUUUCUUUGCGUACUUUUAGUGAAGUAAUGACCUUGUUCAAACCAAACUGAGGACAUGCAAAGAAUUGUGCUUUUCAGCUGACCUGUUCCAACAGCGUUUUUUUUAUUUUUACCACGUUCAAAGCCUGCACUCGGCCACAAGAUAAAAUUGUGAGUAAACAACUGAUUUCUGAUUAAACAGCCAUGGGGUGGGAGAUACCAUGUUUCUUUUUUUAUAAUGAAGUACUAUACACUUGACAUACAUGACAAUGAGCUGGAGAAGAUGAUGCUUGUUAUGAGUAAACUAGCAGUUUAUACCAUUUUUAAUAAAGGUUCCAAAAUCAUAAUAUGAA